AUUGGUUGAAUGAUUAUUUUAGUUCAAUUCAGUGUAAUGAACUUAACUAAUUGUUUAAUUAAAUGUGUAAAAACUUCAAAAUUAGUAUCGUAAAUGAAAAUAAAAUAAGAUGAGUGUCGGUUAUUAUGUGGAUUUAGUGAGUGCGCAAGGAAGUUUAAGUUCAAAUCGUGAAUCUCGUAUAGGUAGUGAUUGUGACACUAUGGCGGAGUUAGCAGCCUUAUUAAGGUCCGAAAUACCCGAAGGACGUAAUAAUUUAACCGACAGUCACACAAAUUUGGAACGAGUUGCUGAAUAUUGUGAGGCAAAUUAUUUUCAAUCAGAAAAUAAACGCGUGGCCUUAGAAGAGACGAAAAAUUAUACAACACAAUCGUUAGCAAGUGUCGCAUAUCAAAUAAACACACUGGCGUAUAACUUUUUACAAUUAUUGGAGCUGCAAACAAGCCAAAUGUCUGAGAUGGAGAGUCAAAUGAAUCAUAUUGCUCAGACUGUAAUGAUUCACAAAGAGAAAGUCGCACGUCGUGAAAUUGGUGUUUUGACAGCGAAUAAAUCCACUAAUCGUCAAUAUAAGAUAAUUGCACCUUCAAAUCCCGAAAAACCUAUCAAAUACGUAAGGAAACCUAUUGAUUACACAGCAUUGGAUGAUAUUGGGCAUGGUGUGAGAACUGGUACAAGUGGAACACCUCGUCAGAAACAACGAGGUUCAAGUCAAGGUAGUAUUUCUUCACUUGGAGCAAUGUCUGCUGGUUCAGCGAUGGUUGGUGGCUAUGUGGGUCCAGCUCCUACAACUAAACCUCCGACACCGCCUCAAGUAACACGCGCUGGCAGUAAGGUGUCAAUAUCUGGUGGAACAUUAAGCAAAGGUUCCAGAGAAUACAGAACACCUCCAGCAGUCGCACCACCACAAGUGCCAAGUCAUUAUGCGCCCAACUAUCCAAUUGGUCAUCCUAGACGAUCAAGUGAACGUGGUCCUGGUUAUAGUACAUUGCCAGUUGCUCCACCAAAUCAGUUAGCACAUACAUUACCGCAUCAUACAGCUACUCUACAACACCAAAAUUCACAAAAUCAAAUAAACGUUGGUGUUGGAGGACCACAAGUUGGUAUGGUUCAUCCACAACCACAUUCGUUACAUCCUCAAACACCUCCACCCCCACCCCCGCCAAAUACGUAUAGUGUGGAUCCACAUUCCAGUAUGCCACCUCCUCCAUCUCCACUUAUUGGUGCUACAGGUGAUUUACCUGAUCAUUCAACACAUCAUAAUCAAUUACACCAUACUUUGUCGUCACAUUCUUCACGUCUUUCACAAGGACGUUCUAGUGGUGCUCAUUCACCUCCAUUACCUCCACCACCACCACCAGAAGACGAGCAUGCCGCAUUUGGAAGACCACAUCAAGGUGGUUCAGGUGGUGUUAUGCCCAUUGUUCCCGACGAGGAUGAUUUACCUGGAUGGGUACCUAAGAAUUACAUUGAAAAAGUGGUUGCUAUUUACGAUUAUUAUGCAGAUAAAGACGAUGAAUUAAGUUUCCAAGAAAGCUCAGUGAUUUAUGUGUUGAAAAAGAAUGAUGAUGGAUGGUGGGAGGGAGUUAUGGAUGGUAUAACAGGAUUGUUUCCUGGAAAUUAUGUUGAACCAUGCGUUUAAUUGGUUAUUUUAUGUCUUGCAAUUAAUAUGCCAUGGAGAUAUUAAAUUUUCUAAUUAUUAUUGUUAAAAUUUUUUACGACAGUAGCCAUACAGCUCUGAUCGAAUAAAUUUUUAGUCUUUUUCUUUCUCUUAAAAACUAUGCACGCCGAAUGAUUUACUCUUGUCGUUGCACAAGUGAAUGUUAAAUCAUUAAAGAUUUUUUAAACAAAAUUUCUAAAAAAAAGGUGGAUUUCAAAUCUGUAUUGAUUCGAAAUAUCACCAAUUCAACUUCUUUCCACAUCUUGAAACUUUCAUAAUUUUUUAGAAUAAUUCAAUUUGGUUAAGUUUUUUUCUAAAUACAUUAAUUAUAAUAAUUUAGUUCAAAAAUUCAGAAUUUACGUUUAAAAAACAUUACGUAGUUACAAGCAUGUUCUUUUUAACAUUUAAUGCAAGUAAAUUUUACACCAAACUGAAAAUUUUGUCGCAGAAAACGAGUUUGUAUAAACAUAUCGGUUCCAGAUCGAAAGAAAGACUAUAUGUAAUUUUUGUACUUUGCAAAAGAAAAACUACCCAUUCACGACGUCAAAAACACACUUUUCUGUCAUCUACACUUGUUGUAGUAAAAUGCAUGUACUGUUUUGCAAAUGUUGAAAAAGAAAUGUUAUAUUUCGCAUAAAUUAUUUGGAAAAUUUAGAUAGUUUUUAUUUGUUUGUUUUGGAAGCACAUUUAAUUUCGUUUAAAUUGCAACAAAGGACAAAUUUUUUAACAAGGUGAAGUUACAAUACAUAUAAUGACUUAAAAUUCCUUAAUUUUAUGUGAUUAAGUCGUUUGUAAAGCGGGCCACACAAUUCAAAUUUAAAAGGAGUUAACUUUAGAGUGUGAUCGACAAAAUAUAAUUUUCAUCGCAUGUAAUAAAAAUAUAAUUUCGGAUAUUUUUGUAAUUCCACACGUGCAUUUAUACACAGUGUUAGAAAAUACACGAAUAGCAAAAACAUUUUUGCAAAGUCUAAUUUUUGAAAAUUGUAUUCAACAAAUACAUUCUUUCUUUUAUAGAAACCAACUUUAUAAUUUAAAAUUUUUGUUAAUAUCUUUUUAAUAAUUAAGAGAAUUUCUAACACUCUGUAUAUGUCAAAUUAGUUACAAUCCAAUACAUUAUUAAGUCGAAAGUGGUGUAUUUUAGAUUUUAUUCUCCCAAAAAUUAAUUUCA